AUGGACCGCGCUAGUAGCGCCGAUCUCGCGUCUUCGUCAUCUUCGUCGCUAUUUCGACGUUUUCAAAGCAAAAAAAGCGGCUCAAAAACUCCGACGGAGUCCCUUGCGUCGUCAUUGCCACCUCCACGACAUUCGCAUCGUCGUAUUUUGUCUAGAGACCGUAAACGCCCCAUGGUUAUCUACUACUCAAGUAAUCCCUUAAAUCUUGUCAAUGUGCUUAAACUCCCUGCCUCCAGCGACAUCGUGGACGAAGAAUUGUCAACUCCGUGUGGUAACAAAGUUACAGAGUGUGAUAACAACGGAUUUGACAGUGCAAAUGAACUAGAUUUGACCUCUAGCAUGACCCCUCGAGAGAAUUUGGCCAGCAGUUAUGGACCUGGACGUGCCCUUAUGCGUAUGUCUCAAACGUUUGGUCGCGCUUCCGAGCGAGUUGAGACUUGCUCAAGUGGAGAAGGACGUGCAGCAAGACAAAGUGUCAAGUACGAUGUGACGUGGAGACAGGACGACGAGAGCGCAUGUUGCCAAGUGUGUUUUGCUAUGUUUACGAAACUUUCCCGCCGUCGCCACCACUGUCGUGUAUGUGGCGAACUUGUUUGUGGCGCAUGUUCGCAAGAUCAAGUAUCGCUAUUGGAUAAAUUUGCAACGCCACGACGUGCAUGUGUUGCGUGUUGCAGUUUACUUCAAGCUAUGGCACGAGCACGCGACGAUCGUGUCAAAAUUAUUGAAUCGGACGCAACAACUGCCACUCCAAUGAAACGACACAAGUCCGUACCAGUAAAUUCUCACUCUAAAUCGGCAACUCCUCGAUACCGUGACCGACUAAAUGAAGUGCAUCGGGUGAUGGCAGCUGGGAAGUUAUCACGUCAUCGGGGAAGUUCAGAGAAGAAAUUGUAUGUGAUUUCUAGUCGCUGGGUGCGUAGCUGGUUGGCAUUCACGUCAUCAGCCUCGCGACGUCCCAACUCAAUGUGCAGUCCUGACUAUGGAUUUGACACAGAGACGUCGCCAUCGUCGCCUCAUAGCGACAAAAGCAACAUCAACUGUGCUCCUGGUCCAAUUGACAAUUUGUCGCUUUUGGAAUUAUCGCGUGGCAAGUUAAUUCGUCGACUCGGUCUGACCCGCGAUGCUACAUUUGCUAGUGACGUUUCUAAUGUCAGCGAAGACGGAGAUUUUCAGCUUCUGUCACCUGAAGUUUGGGACGUUUUUCAACGCCUGUACGGCGGUGCACCAGCUAUUUUCGUUGAUCUCACGAGUAGCGACCCUUCGGCGUGGAUUGUCGACGUCGCGAGUUUGCUCACGCAUACAAAUGAACAAUUGGCACCAACAAUUGAACGAGCUCUACUCACACGUCAUUGUAGUGACAAUUCUCUUUACGACUCGCGAACUCCGACACCAGUGACACCAGGAAGUAGUCGGUACUUUACACAACAGUCACCCAAGAGUCCAGCGUGGACAGUCACGAGCAGUAUUUGCAGUUCGGUAGGGGAAGACAAAGAGCGGAUGCAAAGUCCAGUAGGCAGUGCCAAAGUGCGAAUUGAAGAUCUUGAGACGGAUCUUGCUACGCUGACGCUCAAGACGUCAGUAGAAGGAGAGGAAGAGAUGCGAGCGACUUCUUCUGGACGGAGCCCCACGGCAGCGCCAUUGAUGACCGUGCCUCGCGUGUUAUUGCUGCUUGACCUAUGUCUAACGUGCAUGCUAGGGUGA